AUGGGCGCCAGCGGCGGAGGCUGGUCCAACGAGGCCAUUCGGCGCGUCCCGACACAAGCUCGCGGCACGUACAUCUGGCUGGCUGUCAUCUGGGCGUCGUACUGCGGCGGUCUGCACGGGUUCAACACGGCGAAUAUCUCCGGCACGAUGAGUCUGAAGCCGUUUGUGCGAGACUUUGGGUGGACGGAGUUGUCGGACGUCACGAUAUCGGAUUAUUCGGGGUGGGUGGUUUCGUCUAUGUUAUUGGGCCAAACAGCAGGUGUUCUCGUCUCUGGGCCGCUUGGGGAGCGUCGUGGGAGGAAAUCCGUGAUCAUGGGCUCUGCCAUUCUCUACACCAUCGGGGCGAUACUGAUGGCUGCGAACUUCGGCUCGCUGGCUGAGUUACUGGUUGGUCGGGUGCUCUCAGGCCUAGGGUCUGGGUUUGGAAUGACCGUAGGCCCGAUCUAUAUCUCAGAGGUGGCACCCACUGAGAUGCGCGGCAUGAUGACGACCUUCUACAACAUUAACAUCAUGGCCGGCGUGGCAGGCAGCUACUGGAUCAACUACGCCUCGCUGGAGGUCAUCCCGGCCACGGACAGCUGGCAAUGGCGCACCACCCUCGUCCUGCAGCUCAUCCCGGCCAUCGCCCUCUUCGUCGGCUUCCCCUUCUUCCCUGAAUCCCCUCGCUACCUCAUGCUCCGGGGCGAGGAACAAGCCGCACACGACAGCCUCUCCCGCCUCCGCGGCCUCGACUCCACCAACCCCUACUUCACCCGCGAAUAUAACGAGCUCAAAGCCCGCAUGAUCACAUCCUCUGAAUCCCAAAGCGCCCUCCAGUCCUUCAAAUCCCUCCUAGCCUCAUGCAUCACGCACCCCCCGACCCGCAAGCUCCUCCUCUUCGUCACCAUCAUCCAGACCUUCUUCAUCAUGUCCGGCGGCAACUCCAUCACCUACUACGCGCCGACCAUCCUGAAAUCCAUCGGUCUGGACUCCACGCAAGUCCUCCUCUUCAGCGCCGUCUACGGCCUCAUCAAGCUCAUCUCCGUCCUGCUCUACGCCUUCAUCCUCACCGACCGCUUCGGCCGCCGUCCCCUCCUCCUCAUCGGCUCCACUCUCAACGUCAUCUGCCUCACCUACCUCUCCGCAUACCUCGGCCUCGCCGACCUCUCCUCCACCGGCUCCCCCAGCCCCGCCGCGUGGAUCGCCAUCGUCGCCAUCUGCAUCUUCGCCAUCGGCUACGGCAUCGGCUGGGCGCCUGCGUUCUCGCUCACAGCGUCCGAGAUCUGCCCCACGCCGGUGCGCGGCACCGUAGUCACGCUAGCCUUCGUGUACCAGAACCUGCUGAACUUCGGGAUCACAAGGGGGUUUCCUAAUAUGACGGUGAGUAUGCAGGCGUGGGGCCCGUUUGCGCUGUUUGCGGCGUUUACGGGGCUGGCGACGGGGUGGGUUUUUGUGGCGUUUCCGGAGUGUAAAGGGAGGAGUAUGGAGAGUGCGGAUCAGUUGUUUUCGUUGCCGUGGUGGAGGAUUGGGUUUGUUAGGGUUCCUUCUGGGGAUAGUAAUGGGGAUAGGGAUGGGGAUGGGGGGUGGGUAUACUGGACAUAG